CGUGGGGACAAAUUCAUCGAAGAAGAGGGGUGGCGUCGGUCCAACUCCCCCUCUCAAGCGUACAUUCUCAGCGAUGUCUAGUGUACAAAGGCAGCUCGUACUCAAUAGAUACCAUAAAGAUUCCAAGGGCCCUUUUAUGGUACACAUCGAAACAUGCCGUCCACAACCCUCUUCUACAGGAGAGGAUGGCCCUGAGAAAGAACGUAACACAGGUAAUGAUGCUAAUCGAUUUGUCGAGGCCUUCCGGGAAGUCGCUGAUAGAGUAACCCCUUGCGAACAGUGGACAGCGCAUGUCCCGUCGUUCAGGGUGGUCAAGCAGUUUGUUUUGAAAGGUGUUGACGAGGAGGAAACUGUCGAGGAGUUGUUGGCCGGUCUUCGCCCCCCCCCCUCUCCCGGGUGGGGCCAAGAGUGGGUUCCUCCUUUUGAGGCAAUCAGAAUCACUCGCAGGGAAAAGGGAAGCGCCACCUCCAGCCCUAGGGGGUGGAAUGCCAAGUUCUUCCGUACCUCAGAGAUCAACCGUGGCUAAUCCGAGGAUGCCCUCCCCUCGGGUCGGGUCCGUUCCCUCCCCUGAGGGUUCAGACGGUCCUCUGUACAACUCUUCACCCACUUCUAACCUCUCCUAUGCAGAGGUUAUCUCUCUAAAAUCUCCUCUCCCCUCAGUACGCUUCCCACCUGUGUGGAGAAACAACAGAGGAAGAGUAACCUUCUCCUUCUCUUCUUCCUCAAACAAAAGAUCUUCAAUUAAUCACUCUCUCAUAGACUCUAUCGCUCAGAAAAUAUCUUCUGGCAGUAACUCAUCUGAAGAUAAACCUUCCAAACCUUAAGAAUAAUUAA